AUGGGCCUAUCCCUCGGUCAACGAGCGCUGCCAUGUGGCAUUAGCCUCGACGCUGUCAAAAGCUAUCUCAUAGUUGACGAAGGUCAGGACGAGAGGUUGGUGAUACUUUUGGCAAUCUUCGAUGAUGUUCGCGUCUGGAUCCACGCACCUGAAUCCUCUCACCUUAUUCUACAGAAUGGGCUUCAUCCAGUGUCCUAUGCGAGUGAGGAUAACGUGAAUAGCUUGUAA